AUGCUCAUCACCGUAGGUGGCUGCAGUGUGCUUUCCCCUGAUUUCAUCUUCAUUUCUCUUUCACCGCUUUGAGAAAGAAAAGAAAAACAUCCAUAAUAUAUAUAUCUAUAUACAUAUAGCUUAUAUUUUUUUCUUGUCGGGAGAGUAGGGAGAGAAAGUGCACCCUUGCUGAGGACUGAAGACGAGUGCAUACGAUUCAGGAGGAAGUUCAAGUCGAGUCUACAGCACGUUAUGUCUCAAGGAAGAAGCGCGCGCGAUGAUCGGAAACGAAAGACUGAUUAAUUAAUCUGAAGCCAAUAAUCCGCAUUAAGCGCGAGACAAACCCGUCCACAGGCUGCAGUUUCACUGGAGAGAGUAUAACGCAGGAUGGGAAAGAAGUGUGCGUACGUGUAAGUGUGUGAGAGAGACAGGAAGAGAGAGAGAGAGAGAGAGAGAGAUGCUGUGAGACAUUAAAGCAUCAGUCAAGUCAGCAUGUUACGUGUUUAAGCUAUGGAUCGCGCGCGACUCGUUAUCUCCAUCUCUGAUACACUGGGACCCUUCUAAUAAUUGCUGGAUUUGGGGAUUUUUUUUUUUUCCCUCCCAUCGGAAUAAAGCCUGAGAGAUCCUGCUGAGAACACACACUGGAUGUAGAUGUGGGAUUUAUCAGAGCUGCCCAGCGUUUGCAUCAAGAAGGCUGCUUCAUUCAGGGAGAUGGAACCAGCAGACGAUAAAUUAUGAAUGUUGAACAAGAUGACCUCUUACCAUCAGCACCAGAUGAUGAGAGGUCCUAGAUGGAAAGGGGCUUGGUUUGACCCCUUGUUCCUCCUGCUCUUGGCUCUGCAGUUGCUUGCAGUGGCAGGAUUAGUAAGGGCCCAGACAUGUCCCUCUGUGUGUUCCUGCAGCAACCAAUUUAGCAAGGUCAUAUGCACACGCAGAGGACUCAGGGAAGUCCCUGAUGGCAUCUCCACCAACACACGCUACCUGAAUCUUCAGGACAAUCUUAUCCAGGUCAUCAAAGUGGACAGUUUCAAGCAUCUACGGCAUUUAGAAAUCCUCCAACUUAGCAAAAAUCAUAUCCGCAACAUUGAGAUUGGCGCCUUCAAUGGGCUAACCAGCCUUAACACCCUGGAGCUCUUUGACAAUCGCCUCACAACGAUCCCAAAUGGAGCUUUUGAAUAUCUCUCUAAGCUCAAAGAACUAUGGCUUAGGAAUAACCCAAUUGAGAGCAUACCAUCCUAUGCUUUCAACCGAUUACCAUCCUUAAGGAGGCUGGACUUGGGGGAGCUCAAACGUCUCUCCUAUAUCUCAGAUGGAGCAUUUGAGGGCUUAAGCAACUUGCGCUACCUGAACAUGGGAAUGUGUAACCUCAAGGAAGUCCCCAACAUUAGGCCCUUAGUUCGUUUGGAUGAGCUUGAGAUGUCAGGGAACCAGCUGACGGUGAUCCAGCCUGGUUCGUUCAAGGGUCUUAUCCACCUCCAGAAGCUGUGGAUGAUGCAUUCCCAGAUCCAAACAAUUGAAAGGAACUCUUUUGAUGACCUUCAGUCAUUAAGUGAGCUGAACCUGGCUCAUAAUAACCUCACAUUUGUGCCCCAUGACCUUUUCACUCCUUUACGCCAUUUGCAGAGAGUACACCUACACCACAAUCCCUGGAAUUGCAACUGUGACAUCCUGUGGUUAAGCUGGUGGCUAAGGGAAACCGUACCAACUAACACCAGCUGCUGCGCUCGCUGUAACUCUCCUGCAAGCCUCAAGGGGCGCUACAUUGGUGAGCUGGACCAGAGCUACUUUCAAUGUUAUGCACCUGUCAUUGUUGAGCCUCCUGCAGAUCUUAAUGUUACUGAGGGAAUAGCAGUGGAGCUCAAAUGUCGGACAAAUUCUCUGACCUCAGUCAGUUGGCUAACACCAGGUGGCUCCAUUAUGACACAUGGGGCAUCCCAGGCACGUGUCAUGGUGCAAAAUGAUGGAACACUGAACUUCACCAGAGUUACAAUGCAUGACACGGGGAACUACACCUGCAUGGUCAGCAACAUGCUGGGAAACAUUUCAGCUUCUGCAGUCCUCAACGUGACCUCUAUAGACAACAGUGGUUUCAGUUACUUCACCACAGUCACUGUUGAGACCAUUGAGCCCCCAACUGAUGGGCUGAGUAGGACCCCUGAGCAAUCUUCCUUUGGCUGGGUGGCAUCAUCAACUACAAGAGCGACCCCAAUUUCCACAGAGAAAGCCUAUACCAUCCCUGUGACAGACGUAGACAAUGAGGGAGCUCUCAAUGGUUUGGAGGAGGUAAUGAAGACCACCAAGAUCAUCAUCGGCUGCUUCGUGGCCAUCACACUCAUGGCUGCCGUCAUGCUCAUCAUAUUCUACAAGAUGAGAAAGCAGCACCACCAGCAAGAUCACAAUGGGCCAACUCGCACAAUGGAGAUCAUCAGUGUAGAUGACGAACUGGCAGGGGUUCCUGCGAUGGAAAGCCACCUCCCUCUUCCUCCAUUGGAGCACGACCACUACAACCACUACAACUCAUAUAAGAGUGCUUACAACCACGCCUCGACACUCGGCUCACUACAUAGCUCUGUGCAUGAACCUUUACUAAUCCAAGCCAGCUCAAAAGAUAACGUGCAAGAGACACAAAUUUGAAUUUCCUCACUUUGAACAGUCAAAGUUGAUCUGUACUAACAGUGUUAUUGGCUAUGGUGGCAGACAUGUCGUGAUGAGGAAGAUGGGGAAGACGUGUCAGUGAGGAUGUAUGUAUUAUUUCAACAAAUGUGUUUACAAGCAAAGAUUAUUUAUUUAAAGAUAUGUCUAGUGGCUAAAUCAAAAAAAAAUACUUCAUAUCAUUUUCCUCCUCCUAAUUUUCAUUUGAAUUUGGGAUUUAAUGGAUGAAUGGUCUGCUGAAAAACAAUGCACUUGUGAAUUCAAAGUAAAAUUACAUGCUUUGGCAUCCUCCUGUGAACAAACCACAAGGUAUUAUGUUCAUAAUAAUGACAUAUUUGUUGUAUCCGUGGGCAUGCUGCAGCAUUUCACUUCAUCUUUUC